AACUCCAUCAAACUCAUCGAGAGAAGAAGAAGAAGAAGAAGAAGAAGGAGAAGACGAAGCAGUGGUCAAUCAACUGGGGGAUUCGAGAGCGGAUUAAGGAUGGCGGGCGUGGAUGUAGAGAGCAGGGGAGGGCCGGCGAAGGACGGAUCGAGGGGCAGCAACAACUUCUCCUCGUCGUCGUCGUUCGCGAUCGACGAGGGCGAGGCGCAGUGGACGUCGUGGCUGGUGCCCAUGUUCGUGGUCGCCAGCAUCGCCGUGUUCGUCGUGACGAUGUACGUGAACGACUGCCCCGAGCACCACCCGGCCGGGGGCUGCGUCGCCAAGUUCCUCGGGAGGCUCUCGUUCGAGCCGCUCAAGCAGAACCCUCUCUUCGGCCCUUCUGAUUCCACAUUCAUUAAACUUGGAGCUCUUGACUGGGAUAGAGUCGUGCAUCGGCAUCAAGGAUGGAGGCUUGUCACCUGCGCCUGGUUGCAUGCUGGUGUCAUUCAUCUCGCCGUGAACAUGUUGUGCCUGAUACUCAUUGGAGUCCGCCUUGAGCAGCAAUUUGGGUUUGUGCGCAUCGGAAUUAUUUUUCUCUUAUCAGGAUUUGGCGGAAGUGUGCUUUCUGCUUUGUUUAUUCAAAAUUUUAUAACCGUUGGUGCCUCUGGUGGUCUGUUUGGGCUGCUUGGAGCUAUGCUUUCGGAACUUUUUACCAACUGGACUCUUUACACAAAUAAGGCUGCAGCGUUGGUCACCCUGGCAUUUGUGAUUGCUGUUAACCUCGCUAUUGGGAUUUUGCCACAUGUCAAUAAUUUUGCUCAUAUUGGUGGCUUCUUGACGGGGUUCCUUCUCGGCUUUAUUUUGCUCCCCCGUCCUCAAUUAGCAUGGUUAGACCGUCGCAAUCUUCCAGCCGAUGUUCCUGUCAAAUCCAAGUACAAAGCCUAUCAGUAUGUGUUGUGGCUAGCUUCCUUGCUGCUGCUACUUGCAGGAUUCACUGUAGCACUGGUGAUGCUAUAUCGAGGAAAGAAUGUCAAUGACCAUUGCCACUGGUGUCACUAUUUGAGCUGCGUGCCCACUGAUAGCUGGAGUUGUGAUGGAAAUUAAAACUCCCGAGGGAGAUGGUCACUCUUGAUAUGUAUGUACAUCGGGCAUUUUUAUUCGAGGGUAGUUCAACUUUGCUUUAUAGCUUAUACGACCUAUUUAUAGAGUAACAGGUAGUAUGUACAUGUGACCGGUGUUGCUCUCCAGUGGGACUGUACAUGCAGUAGUACAUUCCUUGUGCAAUCUUUUGUAUAUCUAUACUUGCCGACACAGACUGCUUAGUUGAGCUUAAUGCAGUUUCUUAGUUUUCAUGUACCUCAUCCUCAUUGUACAUCCUAUGCCAAGAUUUAGCAUG